GCUUUUCUUGAGGUAUCUUCGGUAGAUCUAGCAAGCCAAAAGUUAAAAACUCCAUCUCAAUUAUCGCCCACCAUAUAUUUCUAUCUUCCCGAUAGUUAUCCGAUAGAAAGAAGAUAUGUACCGGGAACAUACACACAAUGACAGUUUAUGAUUGGCGGAAUAUAACAGAAUUGUAAAUUCUUUGAUAAAAUGCGAGUUGGUUUAGGCACAGAGUGAGUGUACAGAGGUAUUCUAAUGAUGACUUGAGAGCACAUGAUAUGUGCCUUGAGUUUUGAGGUUUGCCAUCCUGAAGAAAGUAAACCAUGGACACAUACAGGGAGGAUAACAUGCCAUACUAUGAUGCAGAGAUUCCCAGACAUCUGAGAACACGAAGAAAGAUGAUCGGGUCACCCAAUCGUAUGUUGUAUAUUGUCAUUGCUGUGCUCCUGUUUGGUGUCUUUCUGACUUUCAUCAACAUCUUCGAGUUACGACGUCUCCAGGGUCAUCAUGGAAGCUAUGGCUCAGCCAUUGUUGAGGGAGGGGGCAUGGCAGAUAAAAUUCAGCCCAUUGUCUGGAUAAAUGCAAAGAAUAUUCAUUCUGGAUACUUGGACCAUGUACUUGCUGUGUUCAGUCGUAUUGGGUAUAUGCGUGGAACAGAGUCCUCUGAUUGGGAUGUGUUGUGGUCACACGACUACCCAUUUAGCAAACUCAGAGAUGUUAUCCAGAAUAUUAAACCACAUCAACGAGUGAAUCAUUUUCCAGGAUCUGGAUUCAUCACAAAUAAGGUCAGCUUAGCUUUGUCACCACUUAAACACAUUCCGAGAGCAUUCAAGAUGCCAGCUGACAGGGAUGCACUCCUUAUGUAUGCAAAGGAGCAUCCAGAUACCAUGUGGGUCCAAAAGAGCAACAAUCAUAGAGGGGUCAAGAUCACAAAAAUGCAAGAUUUGGAUUUAAGUGCAGACAAGACCUUCAUACAGCAGUAUGUUGACCAUCCAUUCCUUAUAGAUGGCAGGCGUUUUGACAUUGGUCUCUAUGUAGUAAUCACCUCUAUCAACCCAUUGAGACUCUAUGUUCAUGAUUCAGAAUGGCUGCUAAGAUUUUGUCCCCAUGACUACUAUCCGUUUGACCCAACUGAUACAGACAAAUAUGUAAUAGGGGAUGACUACACACCAACAUGGCAGAUGCAGUCACUGAAGCAAAUGCAUACAGAACUAAGCUACUCCCAUAAAGACACAUUGAUGAACUACUUGAAAAUGAAUGGUCGAGAUGGUGCUAAGCUACAACGUAUGAUGUAUGAAGGGGUAUUAGAGGUACUACUCAACAAAGAGGAGAAAUUGGUAGAAUCCACCAACAACUACAAGUCCUCACUGAAUUUCUUUGAGAUGGUAAGGUUUGACUAUGUGUUGGAUGAUGAACUAAAUGUUUAUUUAAUGGAAGUAAACAUGUCACCCAAUCUCUCAUCGGGACACUUCAAACAGAACAGGCUCAUGUAUGAACAAGUCAUGUACAGCAUGCUUAGCCUAGUGGGAGUGGCGAGAUCAACAACUAUUAGUUUCAGUCAAUCUGGGGAGAUUGGCCAAGACAUGCAUAUGGCAGACAUGGACUUACAGGUUUACAAUGAAGAGUGUGCUACAGACAAAUGUAAAUACAACUGUGAGCCAUUGGUGUGUAAAUUGUGUCAUAGGUGUCUGACACCAGCAAAUAAGGUGCAUCUAAAAUAUGGCGCCAUGGAGCAUUUCAACAGAAGGAACUUUAGGAGACUUUUCCCCGUGCCAUUGAGCCAAGCUGCUGUGUCAGAAUGGCACCCGAUUGAAGACCCAGGAUUCAACAAUUUGAGUGAUGCUAACAAAAUGGUGACAUUAUGGUUCAAUGGCAAGUGUAUGAAGGAUGCAGCAUGGUGCUCAUAGCUUCCUGUAUUAAAUGCAUAAUGUAUGGAUCAACAAGAGGGGGUCAGAUCAAGGUUCAAUACUUCUUAUAUUUAAAAUUCCUGAUCUUGUCAGACCCUCCCUGAUUUCAUCCUACCCCAGUGUAUUACAACAUUAAUGCUUCAAUUGACUCAUAAACAAUGAAGUCAAAAGAUUCCACUUCACAAUAACCCAUCCUUGUGACCAAGAAGUGAAAACUUUGGAACCGAUGCAAAGAUCAUACAUGUAAGGGAUUGGAUGUGCAAGGAAUGGGACUUGUAAGGGAUAAGUUAUGCAACACAAGGGAUAGGACAUGCAAGGGAUAUGCAAAUGAUAGGAUAUGUAUGGAAUUGAACAUGUAAGGGCUAGGACACGCAAGUGAUAGAACAUACAAGUAAUAGGGCAUGCAAGGGAUAAGAUAAGCAAAUGAUAUGAUAUGUAU